CUUAGAAGAAACAAGUUGUUACGGAAGAAGAAAACUGAAGAUCGCACUCUCGGCAUUGAUAGUAAAGUACGGCCUUGCUUGGAGAAACGAUACGGUUUGGAAUCGGUCGCAAGGCCGUGCAAGGACGUUUUUCUCCAUUUCCUAUAUAUUAUAUUAUUCGCGAAUCAAAAUUUUUGUUUGUGGAUUUUUUUGAUUUUUUUUCUUUGCACGUCAGGAAUUAUUGUAAUUUUAAGCUAAAUACAAGAUGCCAUACAUAAUACUCUUGACAACAAUUAUUCUCCUAAUUACGAGUACAAUAGGAGCCCCGACAUUUCUUGAAAACGAUCGUCAGACAAGAAAUUUGGCUUAUUUCGAUUACAUUCAGCCCGAAAUCAAUUACGGGCCUUACGAGGCUCUCACGAACGAAGACGAUUACGACGAGUCCAUAGAAGAAAACGAAUUGAGCAGAACCGUUCCAGCUAGAAAACGGUUGAGGAAUCCUCAAUAUAAUUCGCCUAUUUAUUAUAUUAGGUUGCCUCCUCAGCCUUACAUGUUUGUACCAGGUUUAGGGUACGUGUCUCAACCGCCUCCAAAUCCCGUGUCGCAAUUCGUCAACAUCCCAGUGAGUUUUGUCUCGAACGGCAAACCAAAUGGAAUUUACCAAUGGACAGGCGGCAUUGAUAUACCAACGGCUGCACCGCCAUCCACCACCCCGAAACCCAAGCCAAGACCUGCAAAGAAACCUUUGAAACCCGACUCCAAUAUUCACAGAAUUCCAGGACAGUUUACCUUCAACGGACGACCCGAAGAUAUUUUUGUACUUAGAGAUUCGAAUCGUGAGACUUUUGUUGUUAAAUUUUAG